UUUAGAAUAUGUCAUUAUUUAUAUAAAUAUUAAUAAAAAUUCUGUAUGAAGAUGAAUAAGAGUGAAGAGCAACAAAAAUAAACACUAACCGUUAACCAAAUCGAAAAUGUAAAUUAAUAGUAAAUAUCAAUUUAUUGUAUCACGAUUUACCGUGAACUAUUAAUAAUAAUAAUGAUUUCGCUAGAUCGAUAUUUUUCGAAAACUGGCAUUGAAAAAUCGAUUUUUCAAAAUUAUCGUUUUUGUUUCGAUAAAUUGAAAUCGGCACUACUGGUGGGGCUGGGGAUUCUUUUGACAGAUUUUUCCGAUGGAAGCGUUAUCGAUAAGUAAUUGGAGCGUCUGUUCUUUUCUUCUGUCAAAGGUUUCCAUGACACUGCAUAAUAAGUAAAAAGUACAAAUUGAGAAGUGUGCUGAAUUUCUACAACGGAGUACUUUCAGGUAAAGGCAGAUAUCUCGAAUAAUUGAAUAAUUAUUUGGCCAUUGACGAUAAUGGAGACGCCGCCAAAUUUGGCUGUGCGGCCGCAUUUGUCUGAGCCUGUAGAUUUGGAUGUGGAAUAUCCACUCCAAGAACUGUCUCUCAGGAAAUUACUUGUUAUUUUAUGGACUCAAGAUGAUGUUAUAUCAGCAAUUCAAAAAUUCCAGUGCACCUCUUCUCCUCUAGAUAGGAUGAUGAUAAUAUGGAGAAACACAGUUGAAAUUGAAGUUCAGCGUAAAAUUCUGAAUAUUGGGCUUCCUUCAAGACUGGAGAAGAAGAUGAAGGCCUUAGUUAAACCCAUGGGAUGUGACAUUCUCAAAUGGAAAUUAUUCCACGAACAUUAUUUUUCCCAUGCAAAUGGGUAUAUGGGUUUGCAUUUCUUAAAGCAACUACAAUGGACAAAAGCAGGCGCUAUUGAUUACGGCAAAACUGCCGAGAAACUGAUACGCCUCGAAAUGUUAGAUAUUGUAGAAAGAUAUAAAAUCGCUUGUUUUUAUUGCUUGUCUGAUGAUAUUCCUCUUCUUUGGGAAGCACUCCCUGAAAAUACUAAGUCCACCUUUACUAACGAAGAUAUUAGCAGCAUCGCGGAUGCGAAGUUGGAGUAUUAUUGGCCUUACGUCCUGAGAAAUGAGGAAGAUGAUCUGAUUCUUAAAAGAAUAUCAGAGGAUGAGACUCCCUUAUACAUGUGGGCUUUUCAAACUUUUACUUGUUUGGGGAACAAACCAGCAGUUGAAUAUUUUUAUCAGAAGCUUCCUAAAGGUAGGGAAGAUGCUUGUUUAUUUAGAGCAAUGAAGGCUAUAAUAGAGAGCCAAGAAUGGUUUAUAACUCCGGAAUGGAGUGUAACAUACCCUCAGGGAAGACUUAGUGACGUUCUUUGUUAUAUAUUUCCUCUGAUGAGGAUUGAAACUCAGUGGCAUGUUUUAGAGCACUAUACUCGCGGCGUUUUAAGUUGCUUUCUCGAGUGGCCAUGUCAUGACCUUUUUUUGAAACUCGCAGAUACUAUUUGGGAGAAAUUUCCUUCUGAAGAAAUGUAUCGCCAUCUGCUUAAUACUAUCAGUAAUCCUGGCUAUUAUCAGUAUUUUCCAGAUCUGUUUCAGAGCUUUUUUAUCAAGACUCCUGCCAAGUUUAAAAAACAUUUUAUAGAUUACGAAAUGUGUUAUCUUCAGUAUUUUCAAGAGUUUUACAAUAAUGGAGAUGCCGAAUCUAUUGAAGUUGUAUUUAAAAAUACAGAGUAUCACGACAAAUUGAGACUUAUCGCUUCACGUAAGUUUUUUAAUCUUUUCUUUAAUCCUUCAAGGAGUGACAGGUGGCAUUUGGCUGAAUUAUGCCUUAUAGAGUCUGCUUAUUCCGAAGAAGACAGAGAAAAAAUGAAGAAGGUAAUUGAGGGAGUCCUCGUUGGCGACGGAACCACCACAUUUCAGAACAGGAAAAAUGCACUUCGUCAGGCUUUCCUGUUCUUUUUUGAUGUCCGUAAGGGACGUGUUGUUAUCAAGCGAAGAUCUCCAGAUAAAGAACGGAGAGUAGCUAAAAAAAUGAAAAAAGAAUAAUGAGGGGCAAAAAAAGGUUCUACCAAAAAAUGCACAUUGCCAGUGUUAUAACAAAAUGUCGUUUCGUAGAUACGAACUCCUCUUGCAUCCUUUCUUAGUAAAACAACACAUUUAAAUUCUGGAAUUGGUCGUCGAACCAAAAUUUCUCUUGGUGUUUUCUAUUUAGUUCCCCAAAGUAUCUACAAGCGGCAAUCUCAAGGCUUAAAUAUCAUAGUUUAAUUUUGAAGAGACAUUCUGAAAUGAUUCAUUUAUUCGGAAAUUAAUCAUUCAAUUAAAGAAAUCUGGCGAUAUUAAUAAUGCAUCAUUCCUGAUUGAUUUGAUCAGCCCCCCCCCCCCCACCGGUCCGAAUACUGAAGCAUUUUACAUUCCAUAAAAAGAAUUUCUUCAAUGUGACUACAAUCGAGGCACCGGAUGUUUUUUGUGUCAUCUCACCAGCGCGUUUCCUAUUCUAUACCGAAUUGUCAGAGUAUCGUGUGACAGCCAAUCUUCGAAAUUAAUAAAUGUUCCCAUUUUACAAACAUCAUAUAGUAAGGUGUUACCAAAGAACAGUUUUUUAUGGAUAAAAAUUGUUCAUAUCCUAUUUCCAGUUGGACUGGCUCCUUUGCUGUUCUCUUUAGAAAAAUGGUACAAAUUGUUGUAGGCCGUUUGUUUUGUGUCUUGGAGAUAAUUCAUCAAUUAAUUAAGUAAAUACCCUUUUGUGUCGUUUGUAGAAUCCUCUAGAAAUGAUAUACUUUUAAUGGCCCGACUCCUCUGCUGUAAACAGUACCUUGUAAUUUGUAACUUGUGUUGUGUGAAUAAACUAUUAAAUGUUUUAAUUUUAUUUAGUUCCUUUUUUAAGAACAUAUUAAAGCAUAUAAUGAAAACAAUUUUUUAUGGAUAAAAGUUGUUCAUAUCUUAUUUCCAGUUGGACUGAUUCCUUUGCUGUUCUCUUUUGAAAAAUGAUACAAAUUGUUGUAGGUUGUUUGUUUUGUGUCUUGGGAUAAUUCAUCAAUUAAGUAAAUACCAUUUUGUGUCGUUAGUAGAAUCCCCUAGAAAUGAUAUACUUUUAGUGUCCUGACUCUUCUUCUGUAAACAGUACCUUGUAAUUUGUAACUUGUAUUCUUGUUGUGUGAAUAAACUAUUAAAUGUCUUAAAUUUUAUCUAGUUUCUUUUUUAAGAAUAUAUUAAAGCAUAUGAUGAAAACAAUUUUUUAUGGAUAAAAGUUGUUCAUAUCUUAUUUCCAGUUGGACUGAUUCCUUUGCUGUUCUCUUUUGAAAAAUGAUACAAAUUGUUGUAGGCUGUUCGUUUUGUGUCUUGUGAUAAUUCAUCAAUUAAUUAAAUACCAUUUUGUGUCGUUAGUAGAAUCCCCUAGAAAUGAUAUACUUUUAAUGGCCUGACUCUUCUUCUGUAAACACUCUCUUGUACUUGUAUUCUUGUUGUAUGCAUAAACAAAUGUAAUUUGUAUUUCUUGUUGUGUGAAUAAACAAAUAAAUGUCUUAA